CACACACACACACACACACACACACACACACUGUUACAGUUCGACAGCCUCAGUAACACAGACACCUAUACAAUCACACACUGCUACGGAUUCACAGACUCAUUAACACACACACACACACACACACACACACACACUCAUGUUGCGGGAGCUGCUGUUGGUGUGUGUGGUGGGCAGCGUGGGUGCAGCCGUGGGCGCGGGUGUGUGUCCCUCCGUGUGCUCGUGUCAACAGGAAGGAGCGCUGCUGAUCACUGACUGCUCCGAACUCGGACUAUCAUCCAUCCCUGAGGAUCUAAACCCCCUUACCUCUUACCUAGAUCUCAGCAUGAACAACAUCAGCGAAAUCCAACCCAAUGCUUUCCACAACCUGCCGUUCCUCACCGAACUGCGUCUCUCUGGGAAUCAGCUCCGACACAUCAGUGGCUCCGCCCUCCAUGGCCUCACCGGUCUCAAAAUCCUGAUGCUGCAGAACAACCAGCUGGAGAGACUGGAGAGUGAAGAUCCAUGGGAACUGCCCAACCUGCUUUCACUACGUCUGGACGCUAACCUCAUCGCAGACGUUCCCACUCAGACGUUUUCAGGCAUGCGGUCUCUACGCCACCUGUGGUUGGAUGACAACGCACUAACCGACAUCCCAGUGAGCGCGCUCAGUGACCUUUCAACCCUGCAGGCAAUGACUCUCGCGCUCAACCGCAUCACACACAUCCCCGACUACGCCUUCAGGAACCUGUCCAACCUCGUUGUGCUGCAUCUUCAUAACAACCUAAUCCAGACUCUGGGAGAGAACUGCUUCGAGGGCCUGCGCAGUCUCGAGACUCUCGAGCUGAACUUCAACACUCUUCAGGAAUUUCCCGUGGCCAUCCGGACGCUGAACAAACUCCAGGAGCUGGGUUUCCACAACAAUAACAUCAGGAUGAUUCCUGAGAGAGCUUUUGUGGGGAACCCGCUGCUGCAGACCAUUCAUUUCUACGAGAAUCCCAUCCAGUUUGUUGGAAGAUCUGCGUUCCAAUUCUUGCCACAGUUACACACUCUAUCUCUGAAUGGCGCCACUGAGAUACGGGAAUUCCCUGACCUGACAGGGACCACAAGCCUGCAAGUGCUCACUCUGACCCGAGCAGGUCUCACCAGUCUGCCACCUGAUCUCUGUCAACAGCUGCCCAAUCUCAGAGUGCUUGAGUUGUCUCAUAAUGCAGUCGAGAAUUUGCCAAGUUUUUACCGCUGUACUUCACUGCAAGAGAUUGGACUGCAGCACAAUCGGAUCAGGCGGAUCGAGCUGAACACCUUUCAGCAGCUCGCAUCCCUUCGAUCGCUUGAUCUGAGUUGGAAUCAGAUUGAGAUGAUCCACCCUGAUGCCUUCACCUCUCUCCACUCUCUGCUCAAACUCGAUCUGAGCGAUAACCGGUUAUCCCGAGUCCCCCUGUCCGGCCUGAGCAGUCUUACUCACCUCAAACUGAGAGGAAACACACACCUGUCUCACUCCUUCAGAGAGGAACAGCUGCCCAACAUCAGGGUAAUCGAGAUGCCCUAUGCUUAUCAGUGCUGCGUGUUUGGAGCAUGCAGCGGCUACAGAUCCAACGCUCAGUGGGAGGAAACGACGGGCACAGAGGAGGAGGACCUUCAGAAAAAGGCUCUCGGUCUCGUUCCGAUUCAUUCUGACUAUGAUCCUGAUCUGGAGGAAUUCCAGGCAGCCAUUGAAGAGUCCAAACUCCAAACUAGUGUCCAGUGCACCCCUGUCCCAGGUCCGUUUAAGCCGUGUGACGCGCUGUUCGACAGCUGGUUGGUGCGUUUGGGGAUGUGGAUCGUUUCUCUCGUCUCUCUGCUGGCCAACAUUCUCCUUGUGCUCUCCGUCUUCGCCUCGCCCAGCUACCUCUCGCCUGUUAAGUUCAUCAUCGGCUCCAUCGGCGCCGCUAACCUGCUCACUGGGCUCUGCGUCUGUGUGUUGGCGCUAAUCGACGCUCUGACCUUCGGCGAGUUUGCUUCCUACGGUGCACGCUGGGAAACGGGCGCCGGUUGCGGAGCAACAGGGUUCAUCUCUGUAGCAGCAUCAGAAUCAUCCAUCCUGUUCCUGGUGCUUGCGGCGGUUCAGUGCAGUGUUUCCGUGUCGUUUGGGAAGUCGCCGUCUCAUGGCAGCGUCCGAUGCGCCGCGGCAGUCUGCGUGACGCUUUCGCUGGUCUCUGCAAGCCUGCCUCUGCUGGGGGUGGGGAAAUUUGGAACCACGCCGCUUUGUAUCCCCUCCCCUCUUCCAGAUGCCCCGCCCACCACAUUGGGCUUCAUGGUAGCUCUGAUUAUGAUGAACUCUCUCUGUUUCCUGCUCAUCACGAGCACCUAUAUUAAGCUCUACUGGGAUCUGAUGAAGGGGAACUUCGACAGCGUGUGGGACUGUGCCAUGAUCAAACACGUCGCCUGGCUCAUUUUCACCAACUGCCUGCUUUAUUGCCCUGUCGCGUUCCUCACGUUCGCCUCCCUGCUCUCGCUCAUCCCUGUCAGCGAGGACGUGAUCAAAUCCGUCCUUCUGCUGCUCCUCCCGCUGCCGGCGUGCGUCAACCCGCUGCUUUACCUCCUCUUCAACCCGCAUUUCCGCGAGGAUGCAAAGCUCCUCCUGAACCGAGCUCGCCUGGUGCAGGACCGCGUUCUCGAUUCCUUCGUCUCUGUGGAGAUAGAGAAGAGCUCGUGCGACUCCACCCAGGCACUCGUGCCUUUUUGCUCCGAGGCAGACGCAACGCUCGAGGGCUCUGUGCCACUCGUGCCGUGCCAGCUGCAGAUGACGAAUAAAGAAAAUGCCAAAAAGGAAGAAAACGUCUGGAGCAAAAGGAUGGACACUCCGAGAGGAAGCUCUCACAUCUCUGGAGUUUAUCAGUCUUCACAUCCCGUGUGCCACUCGUAAAUCUCGUCGGACGUUGCUCAGAUAUCAGAACCCUUCCAAUUAGGAGAAAGACAUUUAUCAUGGACAAAAUUCUGUUACUGUUUGAUAACUGAGUAAAUAAAUAUGGACUCAAACUGCUGGACCCAACAGGUUCAUACAAUAGGCAGGUGAAAUAUUUCAAAUCCCACCAUACAUUAAUGAUUUGUACAAAAAUGAAAAGCACACAAUGUCAUCCAAAUGUAGUCGAUCAGCUGACAUGUGUUUGCUGUCUAAUGUUGUCUAAACUAUAAGUUUGCAUUACUUCUUAGCUCCAUUAUCCUCCUCCAGUGCAAAAUCCACGUCUGCACUACGGCAGCUUGUUUACACCACAUAUUACUCAGAUUUAUCUAGCAAUUGCGACAUAACAUCACAGUGACCCCAUGACAUCACAACUGCGAUUUUUUUAU